GUGAUGUUCAAGUCCCACUUAAUUUAGGCCGUUUUCCGGAAAAUGAGGCUAGAGCGAAUCAUACAAGGCUAUCAUCAGAUCCAUCUUCUUCCAUACAACAACAGUUGCCAUCGCAAUCGCAAUCGCGUCGCACCGCCGCAAAGCACCGCCGAACCCUUUCGAUAAAAGCUGCGGACGCUGGGAAUCUCUUGAAAGAGGAACUUGAGCAGAAUUUGGCUCAAGGUACGUUUUCUUGCAAACACUACACCGCUUCCUCGUAUAUCCGCUUGUAUUCAUCAUGGCGUACCCUCCUCCUCCAGGCAUCAGCAACAGCUCUCUCCCACCGAGACCGCCCGCCUCCAAGUCAGGCUUCAAACCUGCGUUUUCCUCGGCGGCCCAGGCUGCUUCGAAGCCAGCGUACUCGAACGCUCCGCCGACGUACUCCGGCCCUUCGAGUUACUCUGCUCCCAAUGCCCCAUCCACAACUCAGUAUGGCCCAUCGUACUCUUCGUACCCGACUACUGCUCCCGGCGCGGUGAACUCGGGUCCCGCAUAUUCGUAUCCUCAACAGCCACAGAGUUACAGUACCCAGAACUACGGCGUACAAAGCUAUGGCCCUCAGAGCUACGAACCGCAAAGCUAUGGCGCAGCACCACAGAUUGCGAAUCCAUUCCCUACGCCAGGCGCUGCGGGGACCGACUACAACCCCGAGAUGGCCGCCCAGAUAGCGCAAUGGCAGAGCGCAUAUUCGAGCACCCCGACAGAUAGCAAGGAUAAGGCCCCUGGGUUUGCCGGGCCUCGAACAGAUGGCCAAUCUUCUGCGGCCGCGGCGGCUACCACUGCAAACCAGGAGCGAAAGAAGACAGUCAUCCGAGAAGGCGGUGGUAAGAAGUGGACAGACGACAGUCUUCUCGAAUGGGAUCCCUCCCAUUUACGACUCUUUGUCGGUAAUCUUGCAGGCGAGACCACUGACGACGCCCUUCUCAAGGCUUUCUCGCGCUGGCCAUCUGUCCAAAAGGCCCGCGUCAUUCGUGACAAGCGUACAUCCAAGUCCAAGGGCUACGGUUUUGUCAGUUUCAGCGACGCUGACGACUUUUUCCAAGCCGCCAAAGAAAUGAACAACAAAUACAUUCAGAGCCACCCUGUAACAGUUCGCAAAGCCAACACCGAAAUCAAGGUAGCCAAUGUCAAGGAGAAGGACAGGCAUGGAAAGAAGAAUAAAAAUAAGAAGGGUAGUCAUGGCGGUGGAAAUCAUGGGGCUGGCUAUGAACCCAGCUUAAGGCCCAUGGGUGGCAGUGGAGUGGUCAAGCCUGGACAAAAGACCAAGAAUGGCCUUCGCCUGCUUGGCUAAGCGUUUGACGAACUGUUCGACGGAGCAAGUGUUGCGUUUUGGUGUUUGGUGUUUGCAGAGGGAUCGUACAUACCCGGUUUAAGUGUAGUAAUUCCAUGAAGAAUAUCCGGUCUACUGCAGGGUACCUGGGUUCGUUUACAUUGCAAUGGUAUAAUUCGAUCAUCUUAUUUCGUGUUGACCAUGUCCUUCGAAAAGUCGCUGGCUUGGUUUUACUCUUCACUUGUGCCUUGAACGUAGGUAUUGACCUAGGAAGGUACCGUUCCAUGCAACACUUGGCGCAUAUCAUCUGGC